AUGAGGGACUUGGCUGCCUGCUACAGCGAUCACGCUGUCAAAGUUUCUGAUUCCUCCUGCUCUGGAAGCGGCAGCGCCGCCUUCGGCGGCGACCCGUCGACCCGCAGCGCUGUCACCACCAGUCUCUACAAGACCAAGUUGUCGACUGGGAAGGUGCUCCUGAUCCGGGUGACGUGGACUAAGAGCCUCCUCGGACAGGGCCUCUCCGUGGGCGUCGAGGAACGGUCUACUAACUCUGUUCAGCCGCAGAACCGAAAGAAGGCCGCCGCCGCUGCAAGUUCGCUGUUCCUGAGGAGGAAGAAGGGUAGCCAGUCGUGGCUCUGCGGGGACUCGGAGGUCGCGCUCUACUGGGACGUCUCCUCGGCCAAGUACGCCUCCGGGCCGGAGCCAGUCGAGGGCUUCUAUCUGGUCGUGAUAGUGGACUCAGAUCUGGUCGUCGUGCUCGGCGAUCGGAGCAGAGAACAGAGAAGCCGGCUAGAGGCGAGGCCCGUCCCGGUCGUGGGUGGCGCGUCAACCACGGUAAUAAGUCGGAGGGAGCAGGUGGUGAUGGGGAGCAGCAGCCAGUACUCGACCAAGGCGCGGUUCGGCGAGGGAGGGAGAGACCAUGAGAUCCUGAUCCGGUGCAGGGCGGAGGGCGGGCCCAAGGAGUCGGAGCUGAGCGUAUACAUGGACAGGAAGCGGGUGGCGCUGGUGAGGAGGCUCAAGUGGAACUUCCGAGGGAACCAGACCAUCUUCGUGGACGGGAUCCCGGUGGACCUGAUGUGGGAUGUCCACGACUGGUGGUUCGGAGGCGCGUCGGGCCGGGCGGCGUUCAUGUUCCGGACGAGGAGCGCGCCGGAGACCCGGCUGUGGCUCGAGGAGGAGACUCUGCAAGGGGACCAGGGUUUCGCCCUCUUGAUCCACGCUUUCAGGGCCCCCUCAUGA